AUGCCUUCUAACAACACCAAACGUUCGGCAGUUCGGUGUCACCCCAUGAGUACCCGAUCUACCGCCGCCUGGCGGGAAACGAGUAGCUCCUCGGAUAGCGACUCAUCGGAGAACAGCGUCCCCGAUAGCAGCCCCAACACCUCUCCCGCACGAGUAAGCGACAUGCCUAACCCCAGCAGAAAGCGUAGGCGUGGCGCUUCGGGGUCCGAAGAGCCGGAGGCUUCAUCAUCCGUCACAAGGCCCAUGAAGAAGCUCAAGGUUUCCGGGGGACGUGCCUCAUCUCCCGUCGAUAGUGAAGAUGCCGAAGGCUCAUUGCCCGUUAGGCGGCCGAUGAAGAAGCUCAGAAUUUCCAAGAGACACUCACCCCCAACUGACAUUGAUAGUGACGAUGACGCUGACGAGACAGUGAGCCCCUCUGAACCAGCGGACGAACUGGAUGGCGGCGAUUCUGCUCCCAACACCCCAUCUCCAGCCUUGCACGUGCGCUCCGACGGGUUCUGGCCCACGAUCCGCAACGAUUACCUCCGAUCGCUGGAAGACGAGAGCAUCAGGGUCGACAUUCCCUGCGUCAUCUGCGGCGACGAUUGCCUCGUCGACGGGCACUUGCGCUGGCAGCUGCGGAGGCCGGAGGGCGUGGGCAGGGAGGUUCCCGCGAUCCUCUGCUGUGGCCACAUGAUAGGCGAUGAGUGCCUGGAGAAAUGGAGACGGACGAGGCGAGAGGAAGGAGAACCGCCCAGCUGCCCCAUCUGCCGCAUGCCUCUCCAGUGCUCCGACUGCGGGGUCGCCAUGCCCGGCUGGCCGCUCACGCGUGACAUCCCGGUCGGGGGGACCAGGACCCUCCAGCAGGGCGGCCACCGCGUCACGCGCUGCAACGCCUGCGAGGCGGAGGUCAUCCUCGGGGACGGGAUGCGGCUGAGCUACUACGCCGAGGGGGCCCGUCCGGACGAGUCCCUCCUGUUGAAGGCUUGGUUCGACGCGGUGAGGAACCGCGUCGCGGCCGAGGUGCGGGCGGGCCGGCACGGGCACGUCGCGUCGGUGGACGUCACCGAUCUCGUCCUGUCCGAGACGUUCGAGGCCAUGAUGCGGCGUCUGGACGACUUUGAGGAAGGGGUGCACGGCCGUGUGGAGGAGACGCUGGACUUGAUGGAGCGCGAUCUGGACCUUCGCUUGCCGUGGAACCACCCCGUGCCUUCGGAGGACGAGGAAGAGGAGGAGGGCGACAACGACUACGACUUGUGGCCGGGGACCGUUUUCCGUUGGAGCCCCUAG